UCCUCUCUCCCCCACAGGCGGAGCUUUGUCUCCAUAGAACUUACACCCACCCAGUCACUUGUGCCUCCCAGCAGCUUCCCAUUGACAGCACAUUACAGAGGCAGCCAAAGAGCACUGUCCCGGUUACCUCGGAUCGUAUCCGGACUGCAGUACCGCCCCGACUCGAUUCCCUUCGAUUUCUAUUUGGCAAAUAGGCGCUAAGGAAGGGGGGAGUCGCUCCAGUAACUGGCAGGGGAAGAUGCACAAACUGUUUCCCUGGGGGGGACACUCGGAAAGGCUUAUCUCUCAGCUGCCCCAUGAAGUGGAUAGAAGUGUUGGGGAGCCCCAUGCUGCCUGAAUGAGCUGCGCCCUGACGCACGUAAGUAGGGUGAAGUUUGCUUGAAACUUGCUUGAAAGUACUGGAAAAGUCCCUCCUUGCAUAUGUUUCUUAACUACAACUCAACUACAACUCCCAGAAUCCCCAAUAAGUCUGCAAUAGUUUGUCUCCUUUGUAGGUGUUUUCUCUUUUUACUCUUGCAAUCAAUACCCUGCUGCUUUCACCCUUGGGGAGAUCAGAGGAACAGAAGAUGCCUGGCAAUUGGCUGAUGUUGCUAAUUCUUCUCCAUGGCUGUCUAGCAAGGCCACCAGAUGACCAUGAUUACUAUCACCAAGAAAUCCUGACAAGGGACCAUUACUAUUCAUACCCGGACCCUGAGGAGUCACAGACACCCCUGGAGCCAGGUCCAGAGCCUGAAGAACCCCAGCAACCUGGAAUGGAAGUCAUAUAUGAGACCCAGGACACCAGAGAUGAAGUUUACCAAGCAUCCAAAAAAGAUUUCCAACCCAAGAAAGGGAAUAAGAAAGAGGACAAGACUCAUGUACAGAUGCAAGCCAAAAACGGUAGCAAGAAGUCAGAGAAGAACAAGAAGAGCCCUGAGAAACUUGUCUUUGGAGCCACGGAAGAAAAGACUUUCCAUGAAGUCAGAGAAAGUUGCCCACCUCUUGGACUAGAAACGUUAAAAGUUACAGACUUUCAGCUUCAUGCGUCGACUGUGAAACGCUAUGGACUGGGAGCCCACAGAGGCCGCCUCAACAUUCAGGCAGGGGUGAAUGAAAAUGACCUCUAUGAUGGAGCGUGGUGUGCAGGGAGGAAUGAUGCGCACCAGUGGAUAGAGAUAGAUGCUCGCAGACUGACCAAAUUCACAGGAGUCAUUACUCAAGGCAGAAACUCACUCUGGCUGAGUGACUGGGUGACAUCCUACCGAGUAAUGGUCAGCAAUGAUAGCCACAGUUGGGUUGUUUCCAGAAAUGAAUCUGGAGAGAUGCUUUUUCAGGCAAACAGCGAGAAAGAGAUUCCUGUCCUAAAUGAACUUCCAGAGCCCUUGACAGGACGUUAUAUUAGGAUCAACCCUCGUUCCUGGUAUGGAGAUGGGAACAUCUGCAUGAGGAUUGAAAUCCUUGGAUGUCCUUUACCAGACCCAAAUAAUUACUAUCACAGACGCAAUGAGAUGACAACGUCAGACAACCUGGACUUCCGACAUCACAAUUAUAAGGAGAUGAGGCAGCUGAUGAAGGUGGUGAACGAGAUGUGCCCCAACAUCACACGCGUGUAUAACAUUGGCCGAAGCCAUCAAGGCCUGAAGCUGUAUGCAAUGGAAAUGUCUGAUAACCCCGGGGAGCACGAAGUUGGGGAGCCAGAGUUCCGUUACAUGGCCGGAGCACAUGGCAAUGAGGUUUUAGGCCGGGAGCUUCUUCUCCUCUUGAUGCAGUUCCUGUGCCAGGAAUAUCAAGCUGGCAACAAGCGAAUCCGCCACCUGAUCACCAACACACGCUUACACUUCCUGCCGGCUGUCAACCCCGAUGGCUUUGAUAAGGCUGCCGACCUGGGUUCAGAGUUAGGUGGGUGGUCACUUGGCCGUUGGACGUCUGAUGGCAUUGACAUAAAUAACAACUUUCCAGACUUAAACUCAUUGCUGUGGGAGGCUGAAGACCGACCAAGGAAUAUCCGCAGAGUCCCCAACCAUCACAUCCCUAUUCCGGAUUGGUUCCAGCAUGAAAAUGCCACAGUUGCCAUGGAAACUCGUGCCCUUAUCACUUGGAUGGAGAAGAUCCCCUUUGUGCUGGGGGCAAAUCUUCAGGGAGGGGAGCUGGUGGUGUCCUACCCUUAUGACAUGGUACGUUCUCCUUGGAAGACCCAGGAGUAUACUGAAACCCCAGAUGACCAUGUUUUCCGUUGGCUGGCCUAUUCCUAUGCCUCUACCCAUCGGCAUAUGACAGACUCCAGCCGCAGGCCCUGCCACUCUGAGGACUUCAACAAAGAAGAAGGCACGGUGAAUGGGGCAUCAUGGCACACAGUGGCUGGAAGCAUUAAUGACUUUAGCUACCUACACACCAACUGCUUUGAGAUUUCAAUAUAUCUGGACUGUGAUAAAUACCCUCAUGAGAGCGAGUUACCAGAACAAUGGGAAAAUAACCGGGAGUCCCUCAUUGUUUUCAUGGAGCAGGUUCACCGUGGGGUGAAGGGAGUUGUGAGAGAUGUGUAUGGACGGGGGAUUGCCAGUGCCAUUAUAUCAGUGGAAGGCAUUAACCAUGACAUUCGCACAGCGAGCGAUGGAGAUUACUGGAGGCUGCUUAACCCAGGAGAGUAUGCAGUGACGGCCCGCGCGGAAGGAUUCACAUCCUCUACCAAGAACUGCGCGGUGGGAUACGAGAUGGGAGCUACGCGCUGUGACUUUAUCCUGGCCAAAUCAAACCUGGCGCGCAUCAAAGAGAUCAUGCAGAAGUUUGGAAAACAGCCAGUCAGCAUGUCUCUUCGCCGGAGAAGGAUUAGAUUCAGACUGGGGCAUCAUGCCUAGAAUUCACCCCAUACCUUCUAGAGAACAAACGUUGAUAGACCUAGAACAUAAAACUCCUCUGGAUGCCUUAGGCUGAAGGAAUACAAACAGCAAGCAACUUGCUCACUAAGCACAACCUAUUCUUAUGGCUGCUUUCAGUCUUUCCUUGGCUCCUUGAACUUGUAUUUUAUGACUGCCCUUUAAGCAUAUUUAGCAUAUGCUAUGCUUUGAACAUCAUUAAGCCGUCAAUUUCCAAAGGAGUCAGCAAUGUAUUCCAUUUGAAAGUAGUUAUAUAACCAACUGCUGGCUAAGUAUAUGAUAAAAACAACAUGUAUCGUUAGAUAGUAUCAUGGGGCUGAUCAUCUUCAGACGUUGCCGUCUCUGGAACUACCUGUUAUACAUUUCCCAUUCUUUGUACAAGGCACAAAUGACGCCGCAGUGAGAAAGACAUGUCAGACUAACCUAAUGACUACAGUCUCCUCAACGGUAAAAUGGAAAAUUCUCUUGCUUCUGUCAAAGGAAAUCAGGCUCUUCAAUGUGAAAUGACUGAACUCAAUAGCCUUUAAAGAGAAGUGAUUAAAGCACAUUGUGCUUAAAUCAGGGGGGAUGAUAUUAGAGCUCCUGUAUCCAGACUCGAGUGCGGUUCUUCAUUUUUACUAUGUUUCCCUUUGAUUGUCUUCUGCUCCUUAAAGUGUUCCUGCCGAGAGAUCCUGUUCUUAAUUUAUGGGAUGUUUAAUCAGUUUUCUGUUAGUGAGAUGAAAUGAUGCAUUAGUCCUUGAAGCCAGAUUGAUCUCUUUAGUGUACUGCCUAGUUACCCUAGAAUGAUUACAUGCCAUGUAUCAGGAAUUGCCUAAAGGUGUUUAAGAUCUAAAUAAACAUGUUACAAAUAGCAAAA